GCAGACGAGAAUAAGUGUCGGCAGCAUCCUCUCGGGUUCUCUGCUCACAAAUAUAAAAAAAAAUCCGACAUCCAAAAAGCUGGUAAUAUAGUUAGCAUAUCACCAUUGUUUCCUUCCCAAUUCAUUUCCUGCUGCUUAUUUUGUAGCCUGAGUCUGAUUUCAGCUCCAAAUGCUCAAGCUCCGAAGUGGGCUUUCAUUUGUUUCAGCGUUUUUAAUUAAAGAAUAAUGAGGGGUGGCUUGUUGCAAUGGCUGCGCAUUGUGAUGUAUGCUGCGAUUUUGGUGAGAAUUGAGAGCGUUUAUGUGAAUAUUACCUAUGUUCAAGAUGCUGUGGCAAAAGGGGCAGUGUGUUUGGAUGGGAGCCCUCCGGCAUACCAUUUUGAUAAGGGAUAUGGAACGGGAGUUAACAGUUGGUUGAUUCAGCUUGAGGGAGGAGGAUGGUGCAACAAUGUGACUAGUUGCCUUGCUCGUAAGGGAAACCGGCUAGGCUCCUCGAAGCAGAUGGUUAAACUGCUUCCUUUCUCUGGACUUUUGGGCAACAAGGCAGGGUUCAACCCUGAUUUCUAUAAUUGGAAUCGAGUGAAGAUUAGAUACUGUGAUGGAUCGUCGUUUACUGGUGAUGUUGAAGAAGUGAAUCCUGCGACAGGACUUCACUACAGAGGGGCAAGGGUGUUUCUUGCUGUUAUGAAGGACCUAUUAGCAAAAGGACUGAAGGAUGCUGAAAAUGCUAUGCUAUCUGGAUGCUCGGCUGGUGGACUAGCCGUGAUUCUUCAUUGUGACAACUUCAAGAAUCUCCUUCCCAUCGGCACAAAAGUGAAGUGCCUUUCGGAUGCUGGUUUUUUCAUAAAUACGAAGGAUGUAUCCGGAGCUCAACAUAUAGAAGCUUACUUCAACGACAUAGUAACAACACAUGGAUCUGCGAAGAAUCUGCCCCCAUCGUGUACCUUGAGAAUGAAGCCGAGCCUUUGUUUCUUCCCACAAUACUCUGCAAGAGGAAUCCGGACGCCCCUUUUUCUCUUGAACGCCGCCUAUGAUUCAUGGCAGAUAAAGAACAUCUUGGCUCCCGCUGUUGCUGAUCCACGAGGGCUCUGGCACGGCUGCGAGUCAGAUAUACACAACUGCUCUUCCAUUCAGCUCAAAAUCAUGCAAGCUUUCAGAUCAGAGUUUAUCCGAACAAUAAACGGAUUAGGGUUGUCGAUAUCUAGAGGAUUAUUCAUCAAUUCUUGCUAUGCACAUUGCCAAACUGAAAUGCAGGAAACAUGGUUUAGGAGUGAUUCGCCAAAGUUGAAUAACAAGACGAUUGCGAAAGCUGUUGGAGAUUGGUUCUACGAUAGAAGCCCGUUUCAGAGGGGGGAUUGCCCCUAUCCUUGUGACAGGACUUGUCACAACCGCGUUUUUGAUCCACAAGAGCACCCGUUGAUAUAGAUAGGUUGUCGAUUUGAGAGGACGCAUCGAUGAUCGUUUAGAGUUUAUAUAGAUAGAAAUAUACAUAGGAUUACAAUGUUACUACUUCAUUAGAGAGGGGGGAACAUAGAAGAUUUAUCAAGAUUUAUGAAGAAGGUAAAAUAAAGCAAGCUUGCAGGAUAAUAUUGAGCUCCCUGUAACUCAUUUUGAUUGCAUUAUCAAUGUAUUGAUUACAUUAUUCUUUUUAAAUAACAAUUUAUUAAUGAAUAAUUGUGUUGUA